UAGGUGGGCUUUGAAGAGUGCUGCACCAUCUUUCUUGUGGGCGAAAACUCCCACAAGCGAUCUUUAUGCCACCGCCUUUAACAGAAUCUUUGGAACUGAAGUUUUUCAAAAGGUUGUUGGAAACUGUAUGUCUGCAAGCAACCGGAGGAACUGGAGAUCCAGGAACCAGGCAUGAUGGAGUCAGAGGAGGAUGAGAAUGAGAAAGAGGUACAGGAGGUGAAGAAGGAAGUGAAGAUGUCAACAGUCUACCUGGAGUUAUUCCCUACUGCAGUCACUGAAGAGAAGCUUGAGGAAGCCCGGCAGAGAAAGAUCAGUCGCAUUUUCGGGCCUGCUAAGACCUUGCAACAUGUUACGAACCCCAACAAAGUGGGGACUUUUGAAGGGAUCCUGCAGAACAAAAUAGAUGAGCAUUGCAAUAAAGGCGAACAAUACUUCUCUCGGAGGGAUUGGGAAAACGCUGUCAUCUGCUAUACCAAAGCCCUUAACCUGAAUCAUAACAAGGUAGAACUGUAUGAGAAGAAGGCAGAAGCUCUUCUCCAGCUCUGCGACUUCCAGUCUGCUGCAUUGCACUUCCAGAAGGCCUAUAUAGUGUCAUCGCAUCAGGAGGAUAUCGGACACCGCUUUGCUUUCGUUUUUCACCUCCAGGGCCAGUGUCUGUAUGAGCAGAGCGCCUACCUGGAUGCCCUCGAAUCCUUCACUCGUGCCACAGAACUUCAGCCUCAGAAUAAGCUUUAUCGCAUGAGGAGCAUUGCCUGCCUCGCUGCCCUGAAAAAAUACAAUGAUUGCCUUCAGAUGAUCAAUGAAGAAGUUGCUCAGGAGAGGAAGAAUCCAGAUCUCUUUGUCCUGAGGGCUCGACUCUAUCAGUGCUUUGGAAAGGUCACGUUCUGUUUUCACAACCUCCAAGAUGCCCUUGAGUUGGACCCCGAGCACAGUGAAGCUCUGUUCAUGCUGGAGCACUUGAAGAAAGAGGCUCAGAAGUCCAAGGAGCACGCUGUGAGCAAGGCAGUGAAGGGAAACCUGAAGGGAGCCCUGGUGAAAAUCAACAAGGCCAUUGACCACAACCCCUUGCAGGCAGACUACUUCCUCUUCAGGGGAAACAUAUUGAGAAGGCUGAGAGACUUUGAUGCAGCCAUUGGCGAUUACCUCAGAGCCGUGGAGCUCAGUAAAGAGGAGGAUGGCAGUGAGAUUUGCGUGGAGGCCCAGAAGCAGGUUCUUCUCACCUAUAACGACUUUGCGGUACACUGCUAUGACAAAGGCUUCUACGAAGAGGCGGUGCUCCUCCUCAACAAAGCCAUCACGGGGGAGAAAAAUGAGAAGGGGCUCUACGUCAACAGAGGAGACUGCUUCCUUAAACUGGGUGAGCUGAAUUUUGCAAUGGCGGAUUAUCAGCAAGCCCUGGAGUUACAGCCUCUCGACCCCAGCCUCCAGAAACGAGCAGCUUGGUUGUACAAUGAGAUGGGACUGCAGGAGUUCAGGGAGAGUCGAUACUCACAGGCCGAAGCGUAUUUCUCCCAGGCUAUUGAGAAUAACCCACGUGAGCUGAAGUAUUACAUACACCGAGCCAAGGCCCGCCUGUUUCUGCAGGAGACAUUAGGAGCCAAGGAGGACUUCAUUACAGCCUUCCUGCUAGACCCCACAAGGGAGGAGAUCCACAGUCUGUCCAAUAGUUUGUUUCCAGGAGAGUCCAUACAGUCUGCCCUUGACAGUAAAAUUGGAGAGCUUGCUAAAGCUCUUCUGGACCAGAGGCUAAAAGCUUGCCCAAUAUUCGAGGCCUCAGCCAACCACAGAAGUUCAGAGUCAGAAGGAAGUAGUCCUCCCAAAGAUGUCUACAUUCAAAAUGAUGAGCUAGAAGCACCAGAGGAGGAAAAGAGGAACCAGGAAAUAGCUGCUGAAGAGAAGAGGAUGAGUGAGAAGAUAGCAAUCUGCCGGAAGAAGUCUAACAUGGUAAACAAAGAGCUUAAGGCAGCACGAUUGAACACGUCCCUGGAGCCUACCACUGUCCGCCUGGACCCUUGCCCUUGCCCGCUUGAAAAGGAGUACUCAGAAGAACCUUACCGGUGGCGGAAGUUCAGCCAAGGAAUUGGCCACUUCUAGCUCAUAUUACAACCAUUGCAUUUUUUUUGCAGUCUCGGCAUAAAGAGGUAGGCAUGAACCAGGCUGGCUGAAGGUCCAAUGCAUUUACUUACUUAAGACUACAGCCACCAGUUCUGGCAAGCACAUGGUGGAGUGGUAUUAAUCACCAAGCCGUGUGUCUUCCAUUCUGUUCCCUGUUGAUGGGAUACCAGUCCACAUAACUCCCGCCAGCUGCUGGUGCAAAACUUACCAUGUGGCUACUUCAAUUCUACAAUGAACACUUUUUCUCAGGUACAGCAGUAGUUAUUGCACAGCUCCACAUACCCAGUCAUGGAGGAAUCAGCAGCAACUUAGCAGUUGUGGGCCAAUCUGUUUUUCCCCUCUCAGAUAAAUAUGUGAACACUUAGCCCUGCCUUGUUCUGCAUACAUGGUUUAUGCACAGUAUACUUUUUGUUCAGUGCGGUAUCAGUUGAGACCUCUCGAAAACAAAACUUAUUCUGCCAUUACCAUGUUUAGUCCAGUCUAAGAGCCAUCACAUUCACUGCAAGCACAUACGAAUAUUAUUUUUUAUGUAGCCAAAGCCAUUACAAAGAAACAUACAUAACGCAGAAUGGCUGUUUGUGCCUUGACACCUGCAACUGUGUCUUAUAGGUUUGGGCUGAUUUACUGGUAAAACCUCUUAACUGUUAUGCCUAUUCAUAGACCUCCAUCUUGAAAAGAUGCAAAUUUUCUAUUCUUAAUUUGAAAUAAAAAACAAUUGUGAAGGUAGCAGGCUAUGGUCUCAUUUUAAGGAGGUUCUUAACAUAAGAUUUUAAAAACGUUAGGGGUCAUGAUAGGAGCUUCUGUCAAUGGUUUUCCUCAAGCGAUACCCCAGGAAAGUACUCUCAGGCCCAUGACCGUCCCUUCCUCUGAAGCCUGAAUAUGCAGAAAAAACUUGUCUGUAACACAAGCCUUUCAGAGAGAAAGUUCCAGGGGCUUUUUGCAAAUUACUAAGUGGCAAUAAAUCAGGAGACUAUGUAUUCUGGUUUGGAUCUAGGACUGCACAAAGAAUCUUUCCCAUCUCCUCCUGCCCUAUGUUGUCUCUGAAAAGCCUUGCCAGAGUUUUGGAGCAGGGACCCACUAAAAAAUAUGUCUUGUGUUGUAAUGGGGCUGGAUUUGGGAAGAGUAAGGCAAAGGGACCCCUGACCAUUAGGUCCAGUCGUGACCGACUCUGGGGUUGCAGCGCUCA